AUGCGGCUAGAUCAGUAUUGGUGGUUCAGGGCUUGGGCUCCAGUAGUAGUUUUUGCAUUACUUUCGUACGCCAGCUGGAGUUACUGUUAUGAAUUGUGCUAUAACGAAAUAUAUUUGAACUUUAGCCAGAAAUCUGUUGCCGUGGGACUUAUGUGUGGUGAGGUGGUACUAACCGCUCUCUUGAUAGUGUUGUGGGUACAAAUCGUCGCUGUGGGCCCAGGAAAGCAGCCCAAAAUUUUACCAUUCCGAUUAUUUCCUGACAUCGGGCCCAAUGACGCUGAAGAUGAUGAUAAUGAUGAUGAUGAAGAUGACAGUAAUAUGACUGGGAAAAAGACUGAUAUUGGAACAAUUCAGCAGACGACGAUUAGACCACCAACACUGUACCAGUGUGAUCCUCAGGGUUAUCCUUUGUGGUGCAGUACUUGUCAAAGCAUCAAGGCUAAUCGCACGCAUCACUCUGCAGCACUGGGCUAUUGCAUACCGAGGUUUGAUCAUUAUUGCUUUUGGAUAGGCACUGUGGUAGGGCGGAAAAACUACCGCUUGUUUGUGCAGUUCGCACUGUAUUUCUGGGUAUUUUGCAUAUACGUAAUAGCUUCAACUGCCAGCUAUCUACCAGGCAUAAUAAGAUCUCGCGACAGAAUUCCACGCGUUAACCCUAAUAUCCUCAUCACUAUGGCGUUGUGUUGUAUGGCGACACUAAUGGUUGGACCGUUGAGCUCUGCCCAUAUCUAUUACAUGACAGUCAAUAAAACGUCUCUGGAGGUAAUAGCCACUAACCGCAGGUCGAAGGCAAAGAAAAAUUGGAUUUGCUACCUCAACCCUGCGAAUGGACUACGUUAUGUUUUUGAAUUCAGAGCUCUCGACGCCCAAGACUACUGGAAUAAACAUAACGCAUUCAGCAAUUUGAAGGAGUUCAUGGGUCCAAAUGUGUAUACGUGGUUCCUCCCAAUGGGCACAAGCAUUAGAAAACACCAUCCCCAUACAUUAGAAUAUGACGAUGUUCUACUUUCUUACAAGGAAGAACCUUCCGAUUCAUUAUUGCAGCUUCUGCAAGACAGAAUCUCAAACGCAGACUUUUCACUAACAUUCAGAGCGUUCGGCGACAAAACAGCGGAAUCGGUUUCUUGA